CCGCUGAGAUCGCGGCGCCGGAGGCCGGGGCCCGCCGCCGGGGGCGCCGCGGGAAUCGUGCCCCAGCGUCCGCCGCGUUCCGUGGCUGGGGGUCGGGGCCCUGGGAGCGUUUCUCUUCGUUUUUGUCGUCUCCCGUCUGGAAGGCGGGACGAGGAGGCUGUGCGCCUCCGCCACUGCAGUCCCUUCCCCUGCCACCCGGACCGGCCCCGCGGUGCCCCUGCCCCGCCGCGGGGAUGGCCCGCAGGUGACCGCCGCCCGCGCGCCCGCUGCCCUCCCCGGCCCGACGGCUCUCCUCUCCCCGCUCCACCUUCCGGGCUCUCGGGCACGAGAGAGGAGACACGCCAGGGAAGAUGUGGCUGAAGCUUUUUUUCUUGCUCCUGUAUUUUCUGAUCCUGUUUGUCCUGGCCAGGUUUUUUGAGGCCAUUGUGUGGUAUGAGACCGGCAUCUUUGCCACCCAGCUGGUGGAUCCGGUGGCGCUGAGCUUCAAGAAGCUGAAGACCAUUCUGGAGUGCCGGGGCCUGGGCUACUCGGGGCUGCCCGAGAAGAAGGAUGUCCGGGAGCUGGUGGAGAAGUCAGGUGACUUGAUGGAAGGGGAGCUCUAUUCAGCUCUCAAGGAAGAAGAGGCGUCUGAAUCUGUUUCUAGCACCAAUUUCAGUGGCGAAAUGCACUUCUAUGAGCUUGUAGAAGACACAAAAGAUGGCAUUUGGCUAGUUCAGGUCAUAGCAAAUGACAGAAGUCCUUUGGUGGGAAAAAUUCACUGGGAGAAAAUGGUUAAAAAAGUGUCAAGAUUUGGAAUACGCACAGGCACUUUUAACUGUUCCAGUGAUCCCAGAUACUGCAGGAGAAGAGGCUGGGUACGAUCCACACUCAUUAUGUCUGUUCCACAAACAAGUACUUCUAAAGGGAAAGUCAUGCUUAAAGAGUAUAGUGGACGUAAGGUUGAAGUAGAGCACAUUUUUAAAUGGAUAACUGCUCAUGCAGCCUCUCGGAUCAAAACCAUUUAUAAUGCUGAACAUCUGAAAGAAGAAUGGAACAAAAGUGAUCAGUACUGGGUAAAAAUAUAUCUUUUUGCAAACCUUGACCAACCGCCAGCUUUCUUCUCUGCAUUAAGUAUAAAAUUUACUGGAAGAAUUGAAUUUAUUUUUGUUAAUGUGGAAAAUUGGGACAACAAAAGUUACAUGACAGAUAUUGGUGUAUAUAACAUGCCAUCAUACAUACUGAGAACUCCUGAAGGAAUUUACAGAUAUGGAAACCACACAGGCGAAUUUAUAUCCCUUCAGGCCUUGGAUUCUUUUUUGCGCUCAUUACAACCUGAAGUAAAUGAUCUGUUUGUUUUGAGCUUGGUUCUAGUUAACCUUAUGGCUUGGAUGGACUUAUUUAUUACUCAAGGAGCUACCAUCAAACGAUUUGUGGUUCUUAUAAGCACUUUAGGGACAUACAAUUCUCUAUUAAUUAUUUCCUGGCUGCCUGUGUUAGGGUUUUUGCAGCUCCCUUACUUAGAUAGCUUUUAUGAAUACAGCUUAAAAUUGUUAAGGUAUUCCAAUACAACCACACUGGCUUCGUGGGUAAGGGCAGACUGGAUGUUUUAUUCUUCACACCCAGCCCUGUUUCUCAGUACGUACCUUGGACAUGGUUUACUAAUUGACUACUUUGAGAAGAAGAGACGGCGCAGCAACAAUGAUGAAGUCAAUGCCAAUAACUUGGAGUGGUUAUCAAGUCUGUGGGACUGGUACACCAGCUACCUCUUCCACCCGAUCACUUCUUUUCAGAACUUCCCUGUAGAAUCUGACUGGGACGAAGACCCUGACUUAUUCUUGGAGCGGUUAGCUUUUCCUGACCUUUGGCUUCACCCUCUGAUACCAACUGAUUAUAUAAAAAACUUACCAAUGUGGCGAUUUAAGUGUCUUGGAGUCCAGUCUGAAGAGGAAAUGUCAGAGGGUUCUCAAGAUACUGAAAAUGACUCAGACAGUGAGAACACAGACACUUCUAGCAGCGAGAAGGAAGCAUUUGAAGAUAAACAAAGCAGAGUUCACAAUUCUCCAGGAAGAGCAAGUCACUGUGGUGCCGAGGCUUGCUCAUGUGCCAAUAAGUAUUGUCAGACCAGCCCGUACGAAAGGAAGGGGCAGUCCUACGGAUCCUAUAGCACUAGUGAAGAUACGGAACCUGAUUGGUUAACUUGGCCUGCUGAUAUGCUGCACUGUACUGAAUGUGUUGUUUGCCUAGAGAAUUUUGAAAAUGGAUGUUUGCUAAUGGGGUUGCCUUGCGGUCAUGUGUUUCAUCAGAAUUGCAUUGUGAUGUGGUUGGCUGGGGGCCGACACUGUUGCCCUGUUUGCCGGUGGCCUUCUUACAAGAAAAAGCAGCCAUAUGCACACCAGCCCUUGUCAAAUGAUGUCCCAUCUUAACCAUGUGCAAUUUGUCCUUUAUAAGCUUUGGGUACCUUACAGCUUGCCUUUUUAAUGUUAGUCACAUGUUUUUGUGGUUUGAAGUUUUAGUUUAAUGUUAGUGCAGUGACAGGAAAUACACAUUAUGCUAAUGUUGAUGACUGAAUUUAUUUGGUUGCCUUGUGUGUCAGUUGAAUGCAUACUUAAUUGUAAAAAUUUUAUUUACAACAUUGGAAAUUCAGAAGUUAAUGUUUUUUGUAAGCACAAAAGAAGUAUGAUAGAAAUUUAUCCUAGCAAAACUUUACAAAGUAGGAUCAAAUUCUUAUGGAAUUGAGCUGGUUUCUUAUCCUAAAUGUUUCCUCCCUUUUUACAAUCUCUGUCCAGCACCUCUUGGUUAAAUAAUGUAUGCUCUGAGAUAUGAAAUUUAAACAGACCUAUGAAAUAAAUUAUUUUAAAACCAGAAGAUUACAGGUUUCCAAUGUUAAAUUGUUUUUGAUAAGGUUGAUGAUUUCUAUUAAUUUCACAGGUAAGACAAACAUAAGUUCAGACUCAGAGAAGAAACUAGAAGGUAGAAAUUAUGUUGUUGACACUGGCCAGAAGUAAUGUUAAUCUUCCUUUUACUGUGGUUACCUUUGAUGGGAGAGAAUUUCAUGGAAAAUUUUUAGUAAGUAUUAAAUUUAUUAGUAUUUAGCACAUUCAUUUAAAUAAAAUCAACUAACCUUUUAGCUACACGUAGAUAUCUUUGUGCUUUGCCUUUUAAUUUUAAAAUUUCGAAACUAGAGAAAAGUUGGAAACAAUGCAGUAAACAUCCAUUUAAUUCACCACAUUGAAAUUUACCUCUGCAUAUUUUAAUCUUUCUUUUUUUAGAUAAAUCAUUUUUCUGAUCCUUUUGAAAAUAGAUUUGAGUCAUCAUGAUGCUUCCCCAUCACCAUAUUUCCUAAGGAUAAGGACAUUUUCUUACAUAACCACUGUACCCUUAUUACACCCAAGAAAUUUAACACUGAUUCAGUAGUAUCUAAUAUACAACCUAUACCCUUCAGUUGCUCCCAAAGUGUUCGUCUUUAUAUCAUUUUAUUUUGUUUUUAUUGUGAACUCAGGUUUGUGCAUUAGGUUUAGUCUCAUUUUCAGAGUACUCACCAUUUUCUGUUUGUAAAUGUUGCUAUUAAUAACAUUUAUGAGGAGUAAAAGCCAGUUGGCUUAUAGAAUGCUUCACA